AUAAGGAUGACCUGGUCAUUGAGGAAAAGUACUGAAGAAGGAAAAGGCUUGGGAAGUGUACUAGAGAAGGAACAGCUAUGUCCUGUUCUUCUAUCUUCUCUAUAUAUCGAGUCAUAUGCUGCAUGCAGAACAAUGAAGGAAAGUAAAAUGAAGAGAACCAAUAGAAGAGGAGUAAGGAGAAGGAGGACCACUGUUCUGCCGUGGGCUUUGAUUAUUCAGAUAUUGUUGAGGUUGCCGGUCAAGUCUCUGGUUCGUUUCAAAAGUGUCUGUAGAUCAUGGUUUUCUUUAAUCUCUGAUCCCAACUUUGCAAUUUCACAUUUUGAACUUGCUGCAGCAAGCACGGAGAGACUUUUGUUAUUGGAAUCUAUUGUCCCUGAAGCCCGAUCCAUAGACUUCAAUGCACCCCUCCACGAUGAUUCUGCUUCCGCUACAUUAAACCUCAACUCUCUGCAGCCAGAAUUCUACUGGGAUCAAAUCCUAGGUUCUUGUAGGGGGUUUGUGCUUUUGGACUGUGGCCAAAGUCUCUGUUUGUGGAAUCCUUCAACAGGUAUCCACAAACAAGUGUGUCAUUCACCUAUUGCAUGGAAUAUGGAUGUCAUGUUUUGCACGUUUCUUUAUGGUUUUGGGUACGACCCUUCAACGGAUGAUUACUUGGUGGUUCAAGCCUCCUACGAUGUGAACUCAGAAGCUGUAACAACGCGAGUGGAGUUUUUCUCUGUCAGAGCUAAUGCGUGGAAAGAAAUUGAGGGCAUUCAUCUGUCUUACAUGAAUUGCUGUGAUGAUCCCAGAACGGGGUCGCUCUUGAACGGUGCUAUUCAUUGGUUGGCUUAUAGUAACGAUGCAUCAAGGAAUGUUAUUGUUGUUUUUGAUUUAACAGAAAGGAGUUUCUCAGAGAUACUUCUGCCUGAGGAUCUGGCGUGCCAGUUUGAUUUUUGCGAGUUGAGAGUACUUGGAGAUUUUCUUUGUGUACACGUUAUGGGGUAUCAUGAAUGUCCACUACAAAUAUGGGUGAUGAAAGAGUACAAAAUACACUCAUCUUGGACUAGGAGUGUUGAUGUGCCUGUUGAUGAGAUUCCUACUAAAUGUUUCUCACUGAUUUGCGCUACAAAAAAUGGUGAUAUUGUAGGAAGAACAGAUGGCGAUAGUGGAUUGGUAAAAUGUAACAACGAAGGAGAGUUUCUAGAGCAUCGAUCCUAUUACGAUGGUCGAAGAGGAUCCCAAAUGAUUGUGUAUACUGAGUCUCUACUUUCACUCCCUUAUGAUAGUGAUCAAGCUGAAGAAGACUAACAAUGGUGUACUUGUUCUUGUAUGAUAGUAUAAUAA